AUUUUAAUAACAGCUCACCUGCAACGAUCAGUCUGCGACUGAGAUUCAACUCGAACAGAGCUCAUCCUCUGGGAUCCGAAACCAAAUCAGAAUAUAAAUUAAAAAUUGUUUGAUUUUUGUGAGAAAAGAAGACCGGGAAAAAUUGAAAAGUUAUAGAUUGAGUUCGAUUCUUUGAAUAUCUAAUACCAAUGUGGCAUUACUACGGAAAUAUUCUUUUUUGAAAGCUCAUACAUGUUUCAUAUGAGAUUUUCAAAAAGAUCUUCAAAUAGAAACAUUUCAUAAAUUUUACAAAGACAAAAUUAAUUGGGUGCAGCUCGCCGUUUCUUGGUGUUUUGAAAGUUUAAUCCAAUUGUAUUGAUGGUUAAAAAGUGAGAGAAUAAGUGAGAAAUAAUUUUAUGCAGUUUUGAAUGAUGGCAGAUAAAAUGAAGAAGGCAAAUAAGGGGAAUAUAAAUGGUGGAUUUGUGCACGAGCCAUGCAAGGAUGAAAAAACGGUAAAAUUCAACACAAGCAAGAUAGCACUUGAGUCUGGCAUUGACGUCGCAAACCAGAAAGAGCGUCCGACAUGGUCAAACAAAACGGAAUUUUUGAUGUCAUGUAUCCAAACAUCCGUCGGCUUGGGCAAUAUAUGGCGAUUCCCAUUCACUGCAUAUGAAAAUGGAGGAGGUGCAUUCCUCAUUCCAUAUGUGAUCGUUUUGUUUAUCAUUGGAAAGCCCAUGUAUUACUUGGAAACAUUUUUGGGACAGUUCACCAGUCAAAGCUCGAUUAAAGUGUGGGAAGUCAAUCCAGCGUUUCGAGGUGUUGGAGUGGGUCAAAUUAUCACUUCGAUUUGUGUCAUCACCUAUUACUCGUCGUUAGUUGCAUUGACCGUGGACUAUUUCUUCGCGUCAUUUUCAUCAAAAUUGCCAUGGUCCGUAUGCCUUCCGGAGUGGGGACCUGGCUGUGUUGAUUCCAUUUCGAAAGAUAAUACACAGUUUCUUGCGAAUAACACUGAAGUAACAAGUAGCUCUGAAAUGUAUUUCCUAAAAGAGGUUUUAAAUCAAAAGAUGGACAUUUCGGAUGGAAUCGGGAUUCCAAGUUGGCGUUUGGCAUUAUGCCUGCUUGGCGCAUGGGUGAUUGUAUUCUUGAUCAUUUCGCGAGGCGUUAAAAGCUCUGGCAAAUGCUCGUAUUUCCUUGCCUUGUUCCCCUACGUCAUAAUGCUAGCGCUUUUAAUCCGUUCAGUCACACUUGAGGGCGCAUCAAAAGGUAUUCUCUUCUUUUUAACACCAAAAUGGCAUGAACUGACAAAUCCCAAGGUUUGGAGUGCAGCCAUUCAACAAGCAUUCUAUUCAUUAUCGAUUGGUUUGUGUCCCCUUGUUGUGCUAUCAUCAUAUAAUAACUUUCACCAUAGUAUAAAUAGAGAUGUAUUGAUCGUUACAUCAUUAGACACAUGUACAUCCAUGAUAGCCGGCAUUACGAUAUUUGGUAUUUUGGGUAACCUAGCACAUAAUAUGAAUAUUGAUGAUAUAACCAAAGUAGUCCAGAGUGGAACGGGUCUAGCGUUCAUCAGCUAUCCGGACGCAAUUAGCAAGUUUGAAUAUCUUCCGCAGGCGUUUGCUGUACUAUUCUUCUUCAUGUUGUUCGUCUUGGGCAUUGGUUCAGUGGUAGCUUUGCAAAACGUUGUGGUGACUGUGCUGUGCGAUCAAUUCCCAAGUUUAAAAUAUGGCCGUGUAGCCGCUGUUACAUCAGUACUUGGAUUCUUCUCUGGCCUUGUGUACCUCACACCGGGCGGUCAAUGGAUGACAGUGUUGGUAGACAAUUUUGGCGGAACUUUGCCACUUUUCGUGCUUGGAAUUUUUGAAAUUAUCGCGAUUUUCUAUUUCUAUGGUUUGGAAAACUUGUGCAUUGACAUUGAAUUUAUGACGAAGCGUCGUGUGACGUUCUACUGGCGUUUAUGUUGGUUCUUCUUGGCACCAGUCCUCAUGUCAAUCGUAUACAUUCAUUCAAGCAUCACAAUGGAACCGUUGAAGUAUGCGGGACACGAAUAUCCAACCAAGUACAUCGUUAUCGGAUGGGGUAUCUUUUUGUUUGCAAUGAUUCAACUACCGAUUUGGUUUAUCUACCGUUUUGCAAGGAGUCCGUUGCCAGCCUCAAAGGCUAUUGUCGAUAUUUUUCAUAGCACUAAUUUAUGGGGUCCGCGCAAACAAAAUGAUCGCAAUGAAUGGCUAAAAUAUCACGAAGAAGUCAAACAAAGAAGCAGAAAUAAUGCAAAAGCAUCGGGGCACUCAAGAUUAGUUAGAGCAUUUAACUUAGCCCUUGGGCGAUAUUAAACGGAAAAUAUCUAGAUGUGAUGAACCUUUAACCAAAUAACCAACAAAGACAAAUAUAUAAUAUAAUUUUUAGCCACUCUUUUUCAUUCAAUAAAACAUAUUACUGAGCAUGCAAAUAAA